AUGAGUUCGGACCCUCUCAAGUCCAGAAACCCACAGCAAGGGUUCAAUCGCAUGUUUGGGCAGGGCCGCAAGCGGGACUCGAAUCACGGCGACAGCAGCCAACGACAAGCAGGCGAUGCCCCGUCGAAUCCCAAGCGCACUCGCCCUGUCGAUCGCUCUGACGAGCGGAGCUCAGCUGCCCAACGCGAUCGCGUCGAAGGAUCCGUUCCAACACCCCCAGUACCCCAUAAACCACGGCAGCCUGGGAAACCCAAUAAGUCGCAAUCUUCCGAUCGUUUGGCCUCCAUCACUGCCAAAAGUCUCAUGCCGGUGCUGGACUCUGUCUGUGAACGAAUGACAUGGUUUCAAGCCAGGCACAAGCACAGCAAGUCUCUCGAUCGCUCAAGGGUAAUACAAGAGCAAAACCACUACCAUCCAUCCGACUACCCGGGCUCUGCAGACCUGUUGAUUAAUCAGGAUAAGCAGCUUCGAGAGGAGAUUGAAUCUGCCAACCAGAGAAUUGCAUUCACCGACGAGAAGAUUGCGGCAGCAUUACAACCCCUUUUGCAACACAUCUCGGAUACCUGGGCCAAGGGGUGCAACCCACCAAGAGUGUCGGAGGAUCGAGCGAUACUGGAAGACAAAUUGGCCGCCAUCUCAGUCACUCUGAAAAAGGAGGCACAAGAUUCGACCAAGCAAUAUGUUCAGACAAAGCUUCAAGAGCUUUUUGAGGGGCAAAUACCCAGGCUGAAGGAUGCAUUAUUCCAGGAAAACGAACAGAAGCUGGAACAGAAACUUGAUAACAAACUGCACUCGCUUCGGGCGACACUAACCCAGGAGGCGGAAGAGAGAGCCACCUGUCUCAGGGAAAAGCUGGCGCAUGAUUAUGACAAGCGCAUGGCCAAGAUGAAGGAAACCAUCACCCAAAGUCACAAAAAGAAAGUCGAAGAGCUCGAAAGGCGUUUGUCUGAAGCGAACCAAAAGAAUGCUACGCUGCACGAAAAGGUGACGGGUCUAGAAGCAAGACUUGAUCAGUCAGCCUCAGAACAACGACGGUUGUUGAAGUCGUUGGUAGACGAGACGCAACUCUCACAGGAGCUACAGCAGCUCUCCGUAUCAAAGGAUGAGAAACUCAGCAAGCUCGAAGCUCGUUUGGAAUCCUUACCCAACCAUGCUCCGAGGCUUGAGCAGCUGGAAGAAGACAUGCGUGAACAUUCCAAGCUCAUUGAAAAGGGGGUGCAGAAACAAGACGCAGCGAGUACACGCCUCAAAUCGCUGGAGUCUGCCUCUUUCAAGGCUUUAGCAGAAGUCAAGGAAAUCAAAGAGCAUGUCCAGGGGUUGGGUUCGAGCGCCACAUCAGCAACCCCCUUGACCGACAUUCGGAUCUUGAAGCUUAUUAGGCCUGAGCUGGACAAGAGCGAUGAGAAGCUCAAAUCCAGAAUCAAAGGGAUCCAGGAUGGGCUCAGGGCUUUUCUCGAAAAGGAGAGGGCCUCGCGAGAGGCUUUGGAGUCGAACUUGGAGGAUAUCCGUGGCGAGAUAUCAGAGCUCCAAGGCGACAGCAGCAUAACAAAGACGAAACUCUCCGGCUUCGCCAAAGACUGCGAUAUGCAGCGUCAGCUAUUCGUCAAUGGGUUAAAUUCACUGGAGGAUAGACUCAACGGCCGACUCAACUUGGCGAUUGGCGAGCUCAAGUCUGAUUCUCGGGGCUCCAAAUCCGAGUUUGAGCUUUCCAGAGAUGCUUAUGAAGGAAUAUGCCUGCAGCUGCAAGCUCUCAACAAUUGGCAAACCCACUUCACCACCAAAGGUCUCUACAGAGACAUAGUGACUUUUAUUCACAACACACUUCCGGAGUCAGAACGCUUAAGAAUUGACAGGUUGGAGGCGCGUCUCGCAGCUUUCGAAAACAGCAUGAACCACAAGAGGCGAAAGCUUCCGGGCAGCAACGCGGCGAUGGUUAACGGCCACCAGCCAGUUUCAGGAUGA